AUGAGGACUUCAUCAAUCCCAGAUGGUUUUUCAACCCCGGAAGAUGACCGUGAAGGGGAUUCAGGUGUCAUUGACAGAGAUGUCCUCCGGGGCUUACACAUUGCGGCCUCGGCAGCUUGCGAUGAAGAAGUAGAUACAUUUGUACGCAACAAGACUGGAUUGCGACUUCGGCGAUUUCUUGCAGACUUGAUGGUGCUGGAGACUUUACGUGAUGUUCAACCCGACAAAGGAAACGGUCCAGGGGCGAGGCAGAAGAAGUCAACUCUGAGAAAACUGAAGCAGCAGGUUCGCCGAUCUCGAGAGAUUGGGGAGCUUGGAAUGGCGGCUUGACGGAAUUUUAGACG